UCCUUCCUUCCUUCCUUCCUUCCUUCCUUCCUUCCUUCCUUCCUUCCUUCCUCGCUAUUCAUUUAAUAUGUUGAAUUGAGAGAAUAAGCCAAUGAAAGCUUGGAGCUUUGAGAAAUAAUACAGAGGGAGUGAAGUACUGGUCUCAAGAUUAAUUUCUUAGAUAUAAUACUCUCAUCCCAAAUGAAGAUGAAUAUUCUGCUGUGAACUGCCCUACAGUAGGAGGAAUAAUAUUGAAUUAAUUUCAGAUUUGGUGGUCCUGUAUAAGUUGUGAAAAUCCAAAAUCAUUUGAAGAUGGAAUUAGGGCCACCAGAUGUGAUGGAGCGCAAAGGAGCGCUGACCUUGCGCUCCAAUUCAGCAAAUUAUGGGAGACCCACUCUUGUGUCUGGCUGGUGCCAGAACAGAGAGGCUGAACCUAAGGAUUAUGAUAUCCAUCAAGUUCCUUUGGGUUCUAAAAACCUAUGUCAAUCUACUUACUGGAGAUUUGGAAACAUGGAUCAAAAAUGGAUAACAACAUAUCAAGAUUAUCUGUCAUCUCCCUGUAGCAAAAAAGAAUAUAAAGAACUAGAGAUUUUGAAACCUAUGCUGAAUGAAGAUGGCUUUCACACAAUUGUUGUUGACCGGGAAACAGGGCUACCUGAAACAGGUUUUGGUGCUGUAUUACCCCGCCACCCACCAGAGAAGUUUAAAAUGUUUGUUACACCUGAUAUGGUCGGGUACUCUGUAGUACAUAGAAAAUGUCAUUCCCAGUUUACCGACACAGCCGAUUACAGGAGACAUGGGAUCAACACAUGGCAAGAUGAAAGCGGAGUUUAUGCUAAUGCAGAUCUAAAGCAGAAAGUAUUUCCUAUAACUAAUCCUAUACCAAUAAAUGUGGAAGAAGCUAAUUCUUAAGCAUUUGCAAUGAUGC